UCACACAAACAGAAGGAAGUUCCCCCAUUUUCUCUUCGUUCACUUCUCCCCAGCCUCUAUCAGUUUAUAACUUCAAAGUCAGGAAGACACUUUCUUCAAGCCUCGCACCUCAUCUCCACCGUCCAUUUCGUUGACUUUCCCGAAUCUCCCCCAAAAGUCAAACCUCUUCCCUUCAUCAAAAAUCAAAAUCGAAAUAAAAAGGAAAAAACAAAACCCAGAUUACAGGCAGGCCAUUAAAAACUGAAAAAACUUCUCAUAAGCCGCAACCACAUAGGAUCCCUCCCCUUUCUCUCACCUUCCUUCUGUGAUCCCCGUAACCAUUGAAGAACAAGAAAGGAAAGGCUUGUUUGCUUCUUUUUGUUUUUUGUUGUUGGGUUUUAUUGCUUCUGUCUUGGGAAUUAAGAAAAAUUCAAAAUUGAGAAGAAAAGGAAGAAGAAAAAAAGAAACCCUAGAGUGUCAUGAUCAGAUGUUCUCGGGUGUUUGACAAGAGACGCCAUGAUCAACACAGCAAACGGUAUGAUUUCGACAUCAUCCUCAUCGGCGAACGCUCAAUCGCCGGGUUUGAAGACUUAUUUUAAGACCCCGGAAGGUCGGUAUAAGCUUCACUAUGAAAAGACUCACCCUUCUGGCCUUCUUCACUAUGCUCAUGGCAAAACUGUUACUCAGGUUACCCUAGCGCAUCUGAAGGACAAGCCAGCUCCGUCAACUCCGACAGCUCCAUCAUCCAGCUUCAGUGCUAGCAGUGGGGUAAGAUCAGCAGCAGCGAGGUGGCUAGGAUCUGGGAAUGGGAGCCGUGCACUUGGCUUUGUUGGAGGGAAUGGUGGGGGUAAAAGUGUUAGUAGUACUAGUAGGAUGGGGUCAUUGGGUGCUUCGAGUUCAAGUAAUUCAAUGACUAAUACAAAUUUUGAUGGGAAAGGAACAUAUUUAAUCUUCAAUGUCGGUGAUACUAUUUUUAUAAGUGAUUUGAAUUCUCAAGAUAAGGAUCCAAUAAAGUCUAUCCAUUUCAGUAAUUCGAACCCUGUCUGCCAUGCAUUUGAUCAGGAGGCCAAGGAUGGGCAUGAUUUGCUUAUCGGGUUGAAUUCUGGUGAUGUUUACACGGUGUCAUUGAGACAGCAGUUACAGGACGUUGGAAAGAAGCUUGUUGGGGCACAGCAUUACAAUAAAGAUGGCUCUGUCAAUAACAGCAGUCGCUGUACUAGUAUCACAUGGGUUCCUGGAGGGGAUGGUGCUUUUGUGGUUGCUCAUGCUGAUGGAAAUAUGUACGUGUAUGAAAAGAACAAGGAUGGUGCUGGUGAUUCUUCAUUCUCUGUUAUCAAAGACCAAACUCAAUUUUCUGUUGCGCAUGCACGUUACAGUAAGAGUAACCCCAUUGCAAGAUGGCAUGUUUGUCAAGGUUCAAUUAAUAGCAUUGCUUUCUCCUUUGAUGGGUUGUACUUAGCAACUGUUGGAAGAGAUGGUUAUCUGCGAGUUUUUGACUAUUCAAAAGAACAGCUCGUAUGUGGUGGCAAAAGUUAUUAUGGUGCUCUACUAUGCUGUGCUUGGAGUAUGGAUGGGAAAUAUAUUCUGACUGGAGGUGAAGAUGACUUGGUUCAAGUUUGGAGUAUGGAAGAUCGGAAGGUCGUCGCAUGGGGUGAGGGGCACAACUCAUGGGUUAGUGGAGUGGCGUUUGAUUCGUAUUGGUCAUCACCUAAUUCUGAUGGCACAGGGGAGACUGUGAUGUACCGGUUUGGUUCUGUUGGUCAGGACACACAAUUGUUAUUGUGGGACCUGGAAAUGGAUGAAAUUGUAGUGCCAUUGCGUAGAGGCCCUCCUGGUGGGUCUCCCACUUACAGUACCGGUAGCCAAUCUUCCCACUGGGACAAUGUAUGCCCAUUGGGUACCCUGCAAGCUGCCCCUAGCAUUCGAGAUAUUCCAAAAAUCUCACCACUGGUUGCUCAUCGUGUUCACACUGAACCUCUCUCGGGCUUAAUUUUUACCCAGGAAUCGGUACUUACUGUUUGUCGAGAGGGACACAUAAAAAUCUGGAUGAGACCCGGAGUUGCAGACAGCCAAUCAAGCAACAGUGAAACUGUGUUAAGUACCAGUUCAAAGGAUAAGGCAUUGCUUUCCAGCAAGGUUGGAAGUUCUAGCUACAAACAAUGACCAGACCAUCAUGAAAAGAUGCAAGGCAAAACAAAGCUCUUUUUUUUUUCUGCUGGAGUUGCAUUUCUAUUUGCUAGUGUGGCCGUUCAUCUCUCUUUAUCCGGUUGGUUUUCUCGAAGUACAUCCGUGUGGACAUGAUUGAAUUGCAAUGAGAUUAGCCAACUGAAUCCAUUGUAUAUUCAAGGACAAAAAUGCCAUUGACAGCACAAAGAGGUCUGGAGGAAGAAAGAACCUCCAUUGUAAGUACAAACGGCUAUUCCUAGAAUAUAUUGACACUGACAGGAAUAACAUGAAGUUGCUCCUUUAAGAUUUGUAUUUCUUAGAGGUGCAUUUGAGUGAUUAUUUAUUAUUGGUGAUGCAUCCUCACCAUUACCAUGUGAUUUUUGUUGGAUCAUCCAAAAACUGAUUUUGAAAUGCGGAUAGCUUCAUGCA